GAUAGCCGCUAGACCUAACUCAUAGGAAUCUAUAAUAGGUUAUUGUUGUUAUAAUUUAUAACUUUACAGUUUAUUAAUUAAAAAAUUAAAAUUAAAAUGUAUUAAAUUCACAUACCCACCUUAGCGGCUUGAUACAACUUUUUGUAUUAUUAUGUUUGUCAGUUCAAGUGCGUAUUAUUUUUGAAUGUGAAGUUAAUAGUGUUAAAAUACAUAUUUCAUACCUAUCUAUUAUUUAAAAUUGUUUGCAAUUGUUCGUCAUUGAGAGAGUUUGAAACGUAGUAAUAUUUACAACUUUGAACAACGAAAUCUGAUUUGCUGAAGCCAAUAUUGGUUAAAAUGUCUACCGAUAACACUAAUUUAGAAGAGAUGGUCGAGAAAACACUGGAAUCCACUGGUGUCUUGCCUAAAAUGAGAGCCGAACUUCGAGCAAACGUUUUUCACGUUCUUGAAAAAGGUUCUUCAUUUCAGAAUAAACUGUAUACAGACAAAAUUAAAGACUUUGUUUCUAGUAAUAAUGGAUCAUUAUUGUUAUCUUUAGUUAAAGAUUUGUUUGAGUAUUUAGAUUUAACGUUUACAACAUCAGUAUUUGAUUCUGAAACUGGGGCUGCGCAUCAUUAUCAAUACAAAGAUAAAGAUGACAUUUUUGAAGAACUUUCUCUUUCAAAGGACGAUCAAAGGCCAUUAUUGUUACAAAUUCUUGAAAAUUAUCAGUCACAAUAUAAAUCAACCAAUGAAGUCAUUAAGUAUAACGAAACACAACAUAAUAAUAUAACACACGAGGUAUCUUCAUUAGCUCAAAUAUUAAAAAAUAAUACAGAAAUAAUAAAAUCAAAACUUGAAAAUAAUAAAUCAUUAAGCUUAUCACCCGUUAAAACAAAAUUGUUCGAAGAAAAUACACAUAAUGACAGUCAAACAGGAUCAUUGUCACCAUCAAAUCAUAAUUUAUCAGAUAAUAUACAGUUAAAAGAUAUUGAAAGCUCUGAGAGUUUAAAUAGUUUAAAUAUAGAACAGUUAUCACCAAUCAAAAGACCAUCUGCUAUUGAUCAAAAUGAAAACACGGAUGAAGAUAUUAAGUCUGAUUUGAAAAGUAAUAAAAAUGAAUCUAGCUUGGAAGAUAUUGAAACUGAUGAAAAUCUUUCAUGUGGUAAUGACAGCCUACCGAGCACCGAUUUAUCUACUCAGAAUGGCAGUCCUGAAAUGAUAAGAACUCAUAACAUACAUCUUUGAAUAUUUCUUUGCAAAAUAACAAGAUUUUAUACUUCUGAUGUUUAUUUUUUACUUUUAUACAUUCAAAAUUUUUGAG